AUGGCUAUGAUAUUUUACCAUUACAACAACUUCGAAGAUUUUUAUUCAUUUCCAACCGAAGAUCAUUUUGUUUUAGUUUCAAAUUCCACCAGCAACUACCGUAAUAAUAGUGAUCUUGGAUUUGACAAAAGGGUUUUAAAGAAAUCGAUUUCAAGUUCCAAUAAUUCAGGGGUUUUACGGGCUUCGAACUCUACCCUAUGCAAGUGUAAUUCCAAGGCUGGAGAACCACAUGCAACGUCCAACUGUGUUUCUCCUAUCACACCACCAAUUAAAUGGUGUAUAUGGAAGAAGCCAGAAUCAGGGUGUAUAAAAUUAAAUACUGAUGGAUCAAUAGUUCGGGGAUAUUCAGGUUUUGGUGGUUUACUUCGAGACCACCAGGGUAAGCCAUUGUGUGGUUUCGUCACAAGAUCUUUCCAGGAUAAUAUUUUCUUGGUUGAACUGUUGGCCGUAUGGAGAGGUAUUAUGCUUGCUUUAGAUUUAGGAGUUAGUGUAAUUUGGAUUGAAUCCGAUUCACUAAGUGUUGUUAAAACCCUUAACCGAGAGCAAUCAUAUGAUCCGAAGAUUGAUAGGUACUUGGGAGAAAUUUGGAAUCUGCUAACUAUGUUUGAAGACUACCGCGUGACACAUACCUGGCGCGAAGCUAAUAAAGCAGCAGAUUAUCUUUCAAGGAAGCGUAUAGACGAAGAUGAAGUAGUGUUGUGGCCGAUUGAUUUCCCUAAUGUCCUUCACAAUAUUAUCAAGGAUGAUGCACAAAGAAAGAUUUACUUUAGGCCUUAA